GAUGACACUCUUUUGGUUCAAUUAUUCUAAAUUGAUCAUAAUCCGAAGACAUGGCAUAUAAUCCAUAUCAGAGUACCGUGGUUUCUGACGACGAUGAAGACGACUCGACUUUCGUCAACGAAGCUUAUAGGCCAUGCAAACUACUCUAUGUAACUACCAGUAAUGGUGUGCAUUCGCUACGAACCGUCGGUCCAAAUUAUCGCAUACAGCUUGUCAAAUCAAGAUUCAUUGCUUUACUAAUGAAAAGGGGAGUUAUUUCUCAUUACGGUUAUGACUGUGCACUAUCUUAUGGAGGUAGAGAAUUAGCAGAUAGUGAGACGUUGGAAAGUUGUCGUAUUGGUGAUGAAGCAACUGUAAAUGCUGUUGUGUGGGAACAGAAUCUUAACUCGCCUGGCUUCUCUAACCAUACAAUAAACUCAAGCUUGAGGAUCAGACAUGAAAAUGAGCACGAUACCAAGCAAUCUAAACGCGUUAGAGGUUCAUUAGACUUAGUAGAGGAAGAUGAGUAUGAGGAUCGAGUACUUUGGCGUGCUCCAGCUUCCAAAAAGCAAAAAUCAGUUAGAUUUGCUGAUCAAGAUGAUCCUAUUCCUCACCCACCAAUCUCUUCGCGUUCAUCAUCGCCUUCACAAAAUCCAAGUUCAAAAAAUUAUGCCAUGUCAGGGAUAUUAGAACCAACAGACAAAGCUUUGGAAUUCCAUGAUAAUUUGAUCCGGGAUAUUCCACCAAGAGAUCUUCCACGAAGACGACCUCUUGUGGAAUUGCUACGAGCCAUCAUUCCAAAAACGCCUUUACGAUCCCCAAACGUUCAUAGGAAUUCCGUACGAGAACCAGAAACCAUUCGUGCUUCUUAUGAUGCAUUUGAAUAUCCAAUUAGGCUCCCAGACUCUCCCAGAAGCAAUUUCCACAGAAAUUAUGACAUGUUGAGGUAUUCAGACAGAACUUCCCACAACAGAAUGGAAUACGGUUCCUCUUCAGCUGCAGUACGUUAUACUCCGAAACUUCCAAAUGGACAUUCACUGACGUCCCAUUCUUUUCCUGCAGUACGAAACACCGUGUAUGUUCGACCUACGGGAACUGGGCCAACAUCUAGAUCCUUACCUCCAUCGCCAUUUCUUGGAUCGUUAAAUUCCGCCCAUGUAACAGCAACUCUGCCUCCAAAUCCAUAUCAACCAUUGUUUCCUCCUACUUCUCAGGAAAUACCUUCAUUCAAACCAAAAUUACCCACUCGACAAAACCCUUCAUUCAAAGAUUCUCUAUCAUCAUAUGCGCCAUUACCUUCAGGUUCACCAUCGAUAUCAAACUUAUUCAUUCACCAAUACCUUUUGUCUGAACCUUCAUAUUCGAGUUCCAGGCCAAUAUUCAAAACAUUCCCAACAUCAACUUCACAGCAUCAGCCAUCAAAUCCUUACUUUUUAAGGUCUACACCAUCCUCUAAUCUCCAAUCAUUGAAUUCGUACUUCUUAACACCAUCACUGUCGCCCCAGCCAUUUCAAUUACCAUCUGUUCUCCAGAAAUUGAAUCCAUACUUUUCAAACACAUCCCCACCUCCUCCGAGAUAUCCUUCUACGCCGACACCAUCCCACAGCCCUUCAGGUUCCCCUCAAUCUACCAAAAAAAGCGUGAUGGACUUCGAUUACUUCCAAGCUGCCCGUUAUAAAAGAUCGUCCUCACUACCAAAGCUCCAUCCAUUAAAUUAUCCUCUUCCGUCACCCCCACCACCCCCACCAACUCGUCCUAGUCGCUCGCCUCGUUUCCAUACCCCUUCGCCAUAUCGUCCCUCCUCACCUAACAGAGAAGAAAAACAAAAACAAAAACAAUAUCAAUCCCCCUGCAUUUCGCCCUUCUAUGACUGUUACCCUCUUCCAUCAAAAAACCUUUCCGAUCCUCUUGCUACAUCCUCUCAUCCAACACCAGAUUCUACGUACCCUCUCACCUCUACAGAGCCUCUCAGAAAGAUAUUAACAAAUUAUCCCGCAACAAAGUCAACUACCUCAAAACAAUCAUACUACUCUUCAAGUGUUCCUCUCUCAACAGAAUCUUCCCUCAAAGGUGCAAUUGCAAUUCCUUUGCUUGCACACGAGAUGCUACCAAAAGAUUUCCUAGCCUAUCGAACAGUUAGACAGCUUAUAGAACUUCAAGGAUGGGAAAUGAGCGAGGGAGAAUGGCGAUCUGUACGAGAAGUUUUGAAAAGAUGCAAAAGGGGGGAGAAUGGUGCGAGGGGUAAUAUGGAAGUACUUGCCAAGGGAGUGGUUGAGUUGGAGGAAAAUGGUAUUGAGAUGAGUUGAAAUAUUAGGGUUAAGGGUAUUUAUUAUAUGUAAAAGCGAGAUUGAUUGGAACGGGGAGCUUAUCUGCAUAUAUGGAGUUUGGCGGAUUGUCACGCGAUGAGUUAGAUGAGUUGGAUGAACUGAGAGAGUAGGAAAGUCCAAAAACGCAGGUGUUAUACAUGUCGCAAGAUACACAUAAGAUGAAUCAAUAAGAAAGCAGCAAGAGCAGGAGCUAUUCAGGAGAUAGAAUACCUCUUAGAUAUCAAGGACGCCCUAUGAAGUGAAUAGAAUAGAGCA